ACGUCGUCGUUCCAUCACCAUUCACCAGUUACCAGAACAACACCAACACGAAUCAUUUCCUUGACCUUCCCACGCCACACAAAGAGUUUUGACUAGUCUGAUACUCCGAUCACGCAAUGAGCUCUCGAAUGGCCGGAACCACGCUUAUGCGCCACCUCGGCCCCCGCCUCUUCGCCGCCGCCGAGCCGGCGUCCGGCAGCCUCGCCGCCAGCGCGAGGGGCAUCAUGCCUGCGGCCGCCAGGAUCUUCCCCGCCCGCAUGGCCAGCACGGAUGCCAAACAAGUCGCCGCUGAGAUGCCCGAGGAGGCGGCGGCGACCACGGACCAGAGCAACAAGAAGAACGCCGUGGCCAGCUACUGGGGCGUCCAGCCGCGGAAGCUCGUCAGGGAGGACGGCACAGAAUGGCCAUGGUUCUGCUUCACGCCGUGGGACACGUACAGGGCGGACACCUCGAUCGACGUCAAGAAGCACCACGAGCCGCGGACGCUCCCGGACAAGGUGGCCUACUACGCCGUGCGCUCGCUGCGCGUGCCCAUGGACCUCUUCUUCCAGCGCCGGCACUCGAGCCACGCGCUCCUCCUCGAGACCGUCGCGGCGGUGCCGCCCAUGGUGGGCGGCGUGCUGCUGCACCUGCGCUCGCUGCGCCGCUUCGAGCACAGCGGCGGCUGGAUCCGGGCGCUGAUGGAGGAGGCCGAGAACGAGCGCAUGCACCUCAUGACCUUCCUGGAGGUGACGCAGCCGCGCUGGUGGGAGCGCGCGCUCGUCGUCGCCGCCCAGGGCGUCUUCUUCAACGCAUACUUCGUCGGCUACCUCGUCUCCCCCAAGUUCGCGCACAGGUUCGUGGGGUACCUGGAGGAGGAGGCCGUGCACUCGUACACGGAAUACCUCAAGGACCUUGAGGCGGGAAUCGUCGAGAACACGCCGGCGCCCGCCAUCGCCAUCGACUACUGGCGCCUCCCCGCCGACGCCAAGCUCAAGGACGUCGUCACCGUCGUGCGCGCCGACGAGGCGCACCACCGCGACGCCAACCACUACGCAUCGGACAUCCAUUACCAGGGACUGACGCUCAAGGAGACGCCUGCGCCGCUCGGGUUCCACUGAUCAAUUCAGUAGACGAUCGAUGCUUGCUCAGUUUUUACACUGUACUACACCACCGUCGCCAAUUUAAGCCCUCUUUACGUAAAUGAUUUCAUGUCGGUGGAGUUGUUUUGUCACUCUGUUCUGGCUAAUCAAGUUUGUGUCUUGGUCCUGUGGAUGGGAUGUUU